GGUGAACGGCGGCAGUCCUGCUGAGCGGGCCGGUCUGAGGGCCGGCGACGCCGUCAUCAGCAUCGGCGGGCAGAACGCCAUCGAGAUGCGCCACAAGGAGGCGCAGGACUCCAUAGUUCGCUCCGGCAACAACAUCUGCAUGGUCGUCCAAAGGGGUGGUCUGGCCUCGCUCCGCCUGCCGCCGAGUGCCACCAGUGUACCCAAGGACGCGCCGGACGCUGCAGCUGCCCCGCAGCAGCAGCAGCAGCAGCAGGUGCAGCAGCAGGCUCAGCCGGCGGAGCACCCGCACCCGCCGGCCCAGCCCCGACAGCGCAACCCCUUCCGAGUGAUCAAGAACUUGGAGACGACGGACGGCUCGGUGAAGGCGCUGGUGCACAACCAGUUCAACUCGCCGAUGCCGCUGUACUCGGAGGAAAAGAUUGCCGAGACCCUCUCCGCGCAGACAGAGGUGCUGGCUGGAGGGGCACUCGGCGUCGACUUCCGCAAGAACGAGAAGAAGUACGACGGCAACAUGUCGGAGGUGCUGCGAAUGGUGCAGGACAUGGACAAUUCUCCUGAGGCGUACGUCGAGCCGGAGGAAGCGGUGGACGCCGCAUCGCUACCACCUGAGUACAGCGGCCUCAACAGCAUCAAGUCGCGCACCAUGCGUUCCCUGGUGGUGAAACCUGACAGCAACAGUGCGCCGCAGACCAGCGUGCACGCGCCGCGCAUCACAGCGCCCUCGGCGACGAAGGUAGCGCCACCUGUAGCGCCCAAGCCGGCGCCUCAGAUGGCGCCACGGCCGGCGCCUCAGGUGGCGCCACGGCCAGCGCCCGCAGCCCCGGGCAGCCGCGGACCGCCCGGCAUGCGCUCCACAACGGCCACUAUGAUCCGCACGGACCCGGCCACGGGCAGCGUCAAGCUCGUGUCCGCAGUGGACACGGAGACCAAGCACUUCAACGCCUUCAAUCGCACCCCGCAGUCGUUCAAGCCGGCAUCCGGCGCUCCCAGCUACCAGCCAGCGCCAGCCGCUCCCAGCUACCAGCCAGCGCCAGCCGCUCCCAGCUACCAGCCUGCACCAGUCGCUCCCAGCCACCAGGCGCCGCCGGCUGCCGCCCAGCAGCAGCAGUCGUUCUCGUCGGGAACCUCGGGAAUCUCGCAGGUGGACUACUCGAGCUACGUGCCGCAGCGGAAAGGUGGCACCACCUUCGCGUGGCCCCCGCAGCCCACGGAGGUGGACUCGGCGCCGGCUCCGUUCGCCGGCGGCCACGUCGAGGUCUCGCGGCCCGCUCCCGCUCCCGCUCCCGCCCCCGCCCCCAAGCCCGCCCCGCCGCCGGUGCUGCCCAAGCCCGCUCCGCCCGCCUCCUUUGCCCCGCCGCCCGCCCCGGCCCCACCCAAGCAGGUCUCUUUCGGCCAACCUUCAUUCGCCCCGGCAGUGGCGCCCAAGCCGGCGCCGCCAGCACCAUCUAGCGGCGGCCCGACGAAGCUCGGCUUCAACGGCGGCCUGCCAGGGCUGGGCGGCCUGGGCGGCGGGCCGGGCGGAGGGCCGGGCGGCGGCCGCGGCUCGAUGGCGGGGCGCACAAACGCGCCGCGCCGCGGCCGCGGCCAGCUGAACCCGGCCGCCACCGGCUCGCGCAUCCCACACUGCGCCACCUGCGCCAAUCAGAUUCGGGGACCUUUCAUCACGGCGCUGGGCCAGUGCUGGUGCCCGGGCUGUUUCGUCUGCGCCACGCCGCAGUGUCGGCAGAGUCUGGAGAACAUCGGCUUCGUCGAGGUGGAGGGUCAGACGCACUGCGAGAACUGCUGGGAGCGACAUCUGGCACCGGUCUGCAACAAGUGCCAGCGGCGCAUCAAGGAGGACUGCUUGAAGGCCAUCGGCAAGGCCUAUCACCCGGAGUGCUUCGCCUGCGCCUACUGCGGAGGUCUGUUCGGCAACUCAGCCUUCUUCCUCGAAGACGGACUGCCCUACUGCGAAAACGACUGGAACGAGCUGUUCACCACCAAGUGCGUCGGCUGCGGCUUCCCGAUCGAGGCCGGCGACCGCUGGGUGGAGGCCCUCAACAAGAACUUCCACUCUCAGUGCUUCAAGUGCGCGGUGUGCCGCACUAUCCUGGACGGCAUGCAGUUCUACGCCAAGGCCGGCCGUGCCGUGUGUAAGGUGCACGCUGGCAAGUUCUAGCCGCCGAGAUCUGCGGCAACAACUUGGAGGGCCAGAGCUUCUUCGCGAAGCAGGGACGGCCGUUCUGCAAACACCACGCGCGCAUGUAGACCUCGAACGCGCCAUGUUUGGUCAGAGACGUCAAACGGAGGAAAUCUCCGGAACGGAGGCGCCCCAGGGCCUGCCUCUGGCCGGAAUCUCCCGAGUGAAAGUGCCAGCGCGGCCGCGGCACGUGCGCCAGCUGGCGGUGUAGCGUUUUGUACCUCUAGUCUAGGCGAUUGCGACACCGGAUUGUUCUCCCUCCUGCCCGCUGUAUGUCUGGCUGCUGUGUCACCAGAGGCUACUGCGCGGCGCAUGGUAGCCUCUGCCGAGGUGUGGGCGCCGUGUUUGUGCUUGUUUGCGAUGAGCUGCUCGGCGUUCCUUGUUUGGUUUGUCGGCACCACGAGCCGGGCUGAAGAAUUUGAUGCUAGUCAGUCAACCGCGCCCGCUCUAGUCCAGCGCAUUGUUUUUCUGUCUUGUUUCGUUUUUUCCGUCUGUCUGUCUCUCUCCAUAGCUGCGCGGUGGGCUGCAGUGGCGCCGCCACAGGCUGCUCGCUGCCCGCCUGCGCCUGUCCCGCGUGGACCAGGCCGAGGCGCAGGCGGCCGGUGACACCUGACGCGCCCUUCCUCGCCGAGGCUGAGAGGCCAGCGACCGCAAUAAACACUAAACAGACCGC